ACCCCUGCAGGGCCCUGCAAAACCACCGACAACGGGAGACCUGGCGGCUGGGGGGAGCCCCAACCCUGGCCUGGGCACCAUGAGCGGCCACGUUGGGGACCUGAGUCCCCAGCAGCAGGAGGCACUGACCCAGUUCAGGGCCAACCUGCAGGACCUGCUGCCCGCACUGCCCAAGGCAGAUGACCACUUCCUCCUGCGCUGGCUCCGAGCCAGGAACUUUGACCUUCAGAAGGCGGACGACAUGCUUCGGAAGCACGCAGAAUUCCGGAAGCAGCAGGACCUGGACCACAUCUUGGAGUGGCAGCCCUCAGAGGUGAUCCAGCGCUACGACUCGGGCGGGCUGAGCGGCUAUGACUACGAGGGCUGCCCCGUGUGGUUUGACAUCAUCGGCACCCUGGACCCCAAGGGGCUGCUGCUGGCCGCCUCCAAGCAGGAGAUGAUCCGCAAGCGCGUCAAGACCUGCGAGCUGCUGCGGCACCACUGCGACCUGCAGAGCCAGAGGCUGGGCAGGAGAGUGGAGACCGUGCUGAUGGUGUUCGACAUGGAGGUGAGCCUCAGGCACCUGUGGAAGCCGGUGGUGGAGGUCUACCAGCAGUUCUUUGCCAUCCUGGAAGCCAAUUACCCCGAGACAGUGAAGAAUUUCAUUGUCAUUCGCGCCCCCAUGCUGUUCCCCGUGGCCUUCAACCUGGUCAAGUCCUUCAUGGGGCAGGAGACCAGGAAGAAGAUUGUCAUCCUGGGCAGCAACUGGAAGCAGGAGCUGACCAGGUUCAUCAGUCCUGACCAGCUGCCCGCAGAGUUUGGGGGGACCAUGACAGACCCCGACGGCAACCCCAAGUGCCUGACCAAGAUCAGCUACGGGGGCGACGUGCCCCCCCACUACCACCAGCGGAGGUUGGCACGGCCGCAUUACGAGCACGAGGCAGUGGUGGGCAGAGGCUCGUCCCUACAGCUGGAGCAUGAGGUCCUGUUUCCCGGCUGCGUGCUCAGGUGGCAGUUUGCAUCCGACGGUGGGGACAUUGGUUUCGGAAUCUUCAUGAAGACACGGCAGGGGGAGUGGCAGCGGGCGGGGGAGAUGGCAGAGGUGCCCAGUCAGCGCUACAACGCCCACCUGGUGCCUGAGGAUGGCAGCUUCACCUGCCAGCGUGCCGGUGUCUAUGUCCUGCGCUUUGAUAACACCUACAGCCUGAUGUUCGCCAAGAAGGUCAGCUACACGGUGGAGCUGCUGUUGCCGGACAAGGCCUCAGAGGAGAGGAUUCGGGGCCUAGGCACUCAGCUCUGACC